UGUGUUUCCCCAUCUCUAGAUUGCCGCCAUACUCUCUCUUCCUCGCCGCAGAAUGUGCUAAUAAUGGAAGGGUGAUAUUUGCAUGAGUUUUUCAACGGGUUUAGUGAUUUAUGUUUCUUUGAUUUUCUUUAUUUCAAAUAUUCCACCACUCUGGAAAUGGCAGGGGGUGGUGGCAUUCCCCAGUGGUGUUUUUCACAAGUGAAGGGAACACUAGAGGAUGAGAUUCAUGAUGAGGACAUCAUCUCAUGUAUGGAGUUCGACCACGAUGGUGAGCUGCUGGCUACGGGUGACAAGAGCGGCCGAGUGGUCAUAUUCCAGCGCGACCCGCAGUCCAAGACGCACAAGCCGCCUCGCGGCGAGUACAACGUCUACAGUACGUUCCAGUCACACACGGCGCGAUUCGACUCGCUCAAGUCGCUCGACAUCGAGGCGAAAAUCAACAAGAUCCGGUGGCUCAAGCGCAAGAACGCCGCCCACUUCUUGCUCUCGACAAAUGACAAAACAGUGAAGCUAUGGAAGGUGUCUGAGCGGGACAAGCGGGAGGUGGGCUUCAACACGCGCGAGGACAGCGGCGUCCUCCGCGACUACAGCAGUAUCACCUCACUCAAAGUACCACGGUGGGCGCCGAUGCGGCUGACGGUGAACGCGUGUCCGCGGCGGAAGUUCCGCAACGCCCACGUGUACCACAUCAACUCCAUCAGCGUCAACUCCGACCAGGAGACGUUCCUCUCCGCCGACGACCUGCGCAUCAACCUCUGGCACCUCGAGGUCAACGACAAAAGCUUCAACAUUGUAGAUAUCAAGCCGAGCAAUAUGGAGGAGCUGACAGAGGUGAUCACGGCGGCUGAGUUUCACCCCACCGAGUGCAACCUCUUUGUGUAUAGUAGCAGCAAGGGCACCAUCCGGUUAUGUGAUAUGCGCCAAGCUGCCCUGUGUGAUAAACAUGCGAAAAUGUUCGAGGGACCCGAGGACCCGUCGCGGAGCUUUUUCUCGGAGAUCAUCUCGAGCAUCUCGGACGUGAAGUUCUCCAACUCGGGACGCUACAUGAUCUCGCGAGACUACCUGUCGGUGAACGUGUGGGACAUGAAGAUGGAGUCGAGGCCCAUCGAGACGUACCAGGUGCACGACUACCUUCGCACGAACCUGUGCUCGCUCUACGAGAACGACUUCAUCUUCGACAAGUUCGAGUGCUGCUGGAACGGCAACGACACCCACAUCAUGACCGGAUCCUACAACAACUUCUUCCGGGUGUUCGACCGCGAGAGCAAAAAGGACGUGACACUCGAGGCGUCGCCUGACAUCGCCAAGCCCAAGACAAUACUCAAGCCUCGCAAGGUGAGCCCUCAGACGCGCCGGAAAAAGGAUGAGAUCGCCGUCGACUGCUUGGACUACAACAAGAAGAUCCUGCACACUGCCUGGCACCCGCACGAGAACACGAUCGCCGUGGCGGCCACCAACCAGCUCUACAUCUUCCACGAGAAGGACUUCUAGCCGGCGGCGACCUGGACUCGGGGAUCUGACUCUCCGCGCCGCUAGCCGAUGAAUCAAAUGAGCCGCCGGCGGUGGGCAGAACUCGGAGCUCUGCGCCCGACCGAGCGGCCGGCAGCGGCCGACCUGUGGCCCCGCCACCGCCGGCCACCGCCACCGGUCCGGUCCAUCCCGGUGACCCGGCGGGCCGGCAGCGCACGCCGACACUACCAGCGGCCCGCGGCCGGCCAGUGCCGGCCCAGCGCGACCGGCGGCGCUUUUAUUUGUGAACUGUUUACCCGCAACUGUGCUGAGGAGAGACGAUGAAUAGUGCUGCCGUGUUUUUGAUUGGAGCGAGCGGGCCGGCGGGCCCGGCGGCCGGCGCCGCGGCUGACGAACAUUCCGCGGCACGCGACCCUGACCGGUCGGCCGACGGCCGGACACUGAGAAGCGAGUGGCGCGGGCCGGCGUGCCCACCCACAGACGGAGCGGACAGGGCGGCGGACGCUCGCCGCCGCCCCCAGAGCGAGCGAGACCGCUGCGAACAGCACGGGCCGUGAGUAAAAUAAACAUGUCCAUUGCGA